AAUGAUUCUUUUUGUAUUACUUUUCAUUAAAUUAUCCUUACUUUCUACUGUGCAUAGCCAGGUUUUGAAGAAAAGUGCAGAUAUAAGUUUCAAUUACACCGAUGAAAAUUCAUUAAUUUCGAAUAGUUAUAAUUUAUCGAACUUUCUGUUUACGCCAGUAGAAUUUCCUACACGUGCUGGAGCAGAUUUUGAACCACAUCAAGUAGAUUGUUUAGGCCUAGGAAAAACGGUAGCCACUACAUUGGAGUGGUUUUUUAUGAGUAAACCAAAUGGAUCAAACGCUUUGAAUGUUCAGUUUUUAUUAUCUUCAAGAAAACAGCCUAACCCUGUUGAAGUAAUUAUUGGUAAACAGUUUGGUUUGGAGUGGACAGAUUUUCAAAUUGUACGAAAAACGGUUAUAAUAGUUCAUGGAUUUUUAUCACACGGUCAAGAACCAUGGAUCAGUAGUAUGGCAAAAUCGUUUCUUCAAUGGGGUGACGUAAAUGUUGUAGUCGUAGAUUGGAGUUCAGGCAGUAAUACUUGGAAUUACUACAAAGCAGCAGUCAAUACAGAAGUAGUGGGAUAUCAAAUUUCAAGGUUCUUAGAACACAUUGAAAAUGCAACAAGCACCGAGAGUAAUUGGGGGCCACUCCAUUUAGUUGGUCACAGUUUAGGAGCACACAUUUGUGGAUUUGCUGCCAAAGAGUUGAAAAAAAGGCAGAGCAAAUGGAAAAUAGAAAGAAUAACAGGUUUGGAUCCAGCGCAACCUUGUUUUAAAAAUGCAGACUCGACUGUAAAACUUCACAAAUCUGAUGCGCCAUUCGUUGAUAUCAUUCACACUAACGGCAGAUUGCUUUCUGAAAUUGGAUUAGGUUUACCACAGCCUAUAGGUUGGUUGUACUUCUCAGUAAUUUUAACUUUUCUUUUCAAUUACUAUAAAAGUAAGUUUUCAUCAGGUCACGUUGAUUUCUAUCCUAACGGUGGCAGACGUCAACCCGGUUGCGGAAACAUGAACUCGUCGUAUUUUGAAUACUUACCAAUUCCGAUAGCAGACAUUAAGAGUUCUAUAUGUAGCCAUGGACGUUCAUAUAUCUAUCUAACAGAAUCGUUGAUGUCCGACGUUAAAAAGAACUGCACUUUCUGGGCACAUUAUUGGGAUUUAUCGUUCCGAAGCUUGAAGCAAUUGGUUAGAGAGUCUUGUAACAGAAACGUUUGCACCGAAAUGGGCAUAAACGCGAUCAAUUAUUCUCAACGCGGAACGUUUUUCGUUGCCACAUCGGAUAGCGUGCCAUUUUGCAAUAACAAUACUCGCAUAACAGACACGAUAAUCAUGAUGGGAUCGGAUCACGUGGACUUACUGGAUGAUUGAAUUGUAAUUGUUUCAUAAAUAAGAAAACCUUUAAUUUUUGACGAUGUACGAAACUUAACUCAUUAAAUACAGCUAAGUACUAUUUACAAAUAUA